AUGGCGCGCCGCGGGGCGGGGCGCCGCGGGGCCGCCGCCAUGGGGCGGAAGAAGAAGACGCUGCACGACUACGCGGCCGAGUUCUCGGAGCUGGCGGUGAAGCGGCACCUGCUGGAGCGCGGCGCGGCCGGCGAGGCGGCGGUGGUGGAGACUCUGUACUGCACCUCCUGCCAGCUGCCCAUGCGCGUCCGCCGCGACCGCAUCCUCGAGCACCUCUCCUCCGGCCGCCACUACCGCAACCGCCGCCUGCUGCGGCAGCACGGCCUGCGCGCCCCGCUGCUGCUCUCCGCAGGUCCGGAGGUCGAUGCCAGCCUGCCGCUGCAGCUCGAGUCCCCCUCGCUGUUCCCCCAGCCCUCCUUCCCCCUCGCCGCCGGCAGCAGCAGCGGCGCCUACGGCCCGGACCCUUCGCCGCCCUCCUGCCGCAAGCCGCCGGUUCCGCCCCAGCCUCUCGGCGCCGCCGGCUCCCCCGCGGCCGUCCCCCGGCAGGACCCCGCGCCCUCCACCUCGGCCAGCCGCCCCCCGGCGCUCUCCACCUUCCACAUGAGGACGGUCCCCGUUCCCUCGCAGCAGGCUGCCCUCCGGGGGGCCGCCCCCGAGGCCUCCCCCUGCCCGGCGCCGGCCCUGCGGCACUGCGGCGGCCUCGGCCUGGCCCUCUUCGGCGUGGGGCUCCUGCAGAAGGCCUCCUUGCAAAGCCUGCUGGAGGAGAGCGGCUGCUGCCUGCUGUACAUCGUGGAGGAGCAGCUGGAGGAGGUGCAGAGUGCCUUCGACAGGCAGUUCCUGGCUGGCACCAGGCUGCUGCGGCUGCAGGACGCCGAUGUGGCCCUCAACGACCAGAGAGUCUCUGGAGCCAUCAUUUGCUCACUCCCUGCAGAAGCCUCUGAGAUUGUCAUCGAUGCCUUGCGAGCAGGCAAAGGAGUGCUCUGUGAGAGGCUGCCCAGCGUGGACAGGCAGAGGGCAGAGGCUUGCUUUGCUGAGGCCGAGAGGUGUGGCAGACCCCUGGUGUGUGGCUUCUACAAGCGCUUCGACCCGGCGCUGCAGUUCCUGCACAGGAAGGUGCGGGAGGGCCAGGCCCUGGGCAGGAUCCACCGUGUCUGCUCCUCCAGCAGCAUCUACCCAGCGGCCUCCCUCAGCUGCCUGAAGGCCUCAGGUGGGAUCUUCUACAACGCCGCCGUGCACGACAUCGACAUCACCAGUCUGCUGCUGGGAGAGGGGGCACCAGACAGGGUGUUCUCGCUGGGGCAUGCCCUCUGUGAAGAGGUGGCCCAGGUGAAGGAUGCAGACACGGCGGUGGUCAGCAUGCAGUUCCCCAGCGGAGCCAUCGCCACGGUGGACGUCAGCCAGCACUGCACCAGGAGCUGUGAGCAGAGGCUGGAGGUCCAUGGGGCUCAGGGAGCCCUGCAGGUGGAUAACUGGAACCCCCUGGGGAUCAGGGAGCGAGGAACCUCCGUCCCCAUCUGCGCCCAGGGCCAGGCUGAGCGCUUCAGGGAUGCUCACAGGGAGCUCUUCCGACACUUCCUGCGGACCCUGACAGGCAAGGAGCCCCCCGUGGUCACCAAAGAGCAGCUCCUCUGCACCCUGCAGGUGGCUGCAGCUGCUGAGCAGUCCUGGAGGAGCGGAGCCGCCGUGGACCUGCGCGCCGGAGCCGGAGCCCCCUCUGCCGUCAAGACCGAGGCUGUGUGA